AUUAAUUUUCUUGUGUUGCUUGUGACGAAUGACGAUGAGAUCCUGAGUCCAGCCUUCACCAUCCAGUUUUUAACAACCGCAAUGCCCUUGAAUUAGUUCUAGGGAAACAAGAAAAUUGGUAUUUUAGAAGGGUUACUUGUUCAAUGUGCUAGAAAUGGCUUGAAAGAAUAGGAAGGUAUUGUCCAAACUCCAAAGAUGACCGUGCCCGUGCCCCUUGGGCCUUGUGACUGAGUCUGACUGUAAUAAAUAACAGACUGUGCGUAAUUACUUUGAGUAACGUGACCAUUGAGUGAUUGACAGUGAUUCAGGAGCGAAAUAGUUUUACGAGUUCUAACUUGUUCUAAAGUGAUUAAGAAUUAGUUGGACAACAUGGAGAUUUUAAAAGGAGCUCAAACAGCUGUAAACUUUGCUUCUUAUUUUCCUCUUCUUCACAAGGCUACAGCCGACAAUGACACUCCAUGUCCGGGAUAUGUCUAUGAUGAAAUUAUAAUACGCGUCCGCUGGCCAUCGCUGCCACCUCGUGGACUUUCUGCUGUCUCGGCUGCAGGCGUCAGGCUGCUGUGGCAAGCAGAAG